GAGCUCUCCCCAGCUCUGUCUCUCUCUCUCUCUCUCUAUUUCUAUAACAUCUGCCACUCUCCUCCCACUCUGCCACUUUCUUUCCUCCCACUUCCCUCCCCUCUUUCCCCUUCUUCAACUGCUUGGUGCUACUGCUGCUACUGCUGCUGCUGCUGCUGCCUGACAUCAAGCCCUCCAAUCCCUCCUCCACCAUGGCUGACGAGAAGCAAGAAGUCGCCUAUGCUUCCGGCAACGAAAAGACUGGCUCGGCCCCUUCUCCGGAGCUAAUCGAUGAACUCGGCGGCGGUGGUCGUCGCGAAUCCGUAGCUCUCAACAUCGUCGAGAACCCGCUCAAGCGUGUCUCCAAGGAGGUCGCCCAUGCCGACGCAAAGCUGUUCGCCGAGCAAAAUGGCCUGGACGAGCACUCCGACCUGUUUGGUCGCGCCGCCCUCGUCGCCCGCGAUCCCGACAACUUCGAGGCCCUCGCCGAGCUGUCCGCCGACGAACGCGCCGCCCUCAUCUACGAGCGGGACCACAAGUGGCACGGCCCCAAGAUGCUCUGGUACUCCAUCGGCCUCUGCGCCGUCGGGGCGGCCACACAGGGCUGGGACCAGACUGGCUCCAACGGUGCCAACUUGUCCUUUCCCGAGGAGUUUGGCAUUACUGGAACCGGCCGCAACGAAUGGAUUGUCGGCUCCAUCAACGCCAUCAUCUUCUUGACCGCCGGUCUCAUUGGUGCCUUUAUCGUCGAUCCGCUCAACAAAUAUCUCGGCCGACGCGGCGAAAUCUUUCUCACGGCGGCCUGUCUGACGGCCACUCCCAUCGGUUCCGGUUUCGCCAGGUCAUGGCAAGGUCUCUUCGCUGCCAGAUUCGUCAUGGGCAUCGGCAUUGGCGCAAAGAACGCGACCGUGCCAAUCUACUCGGCCGAGAUGGCCCCCGCCCGCAUUCGCGGUGCGCUCGUCAUGUUCUGGCAGCUCUGGGUCGUUGCGGGUAUCUUCCUGGGCUUCUGCGCCAACGUCAUCGUCAAGGACACCGGCGACAUCUCCUGGCGUCUCCAGCUCGGCUCCGCCUUCAUCCCCUCCUUCAUCCUCAUGGUCGGCAUCUACUUUUGCCCAGAGUCGCCCCGUUGGCUCAUGAAGAGCGGCAAGGUCGCCCAGGGCUAUCGGUCCAUGAACAUCCUGCGCGCCCACCCCAUCAUCGCCGCCCGUGACUACUACUACUCCUAUGUCAUCUACCAGGAGGAGAUCAAGGUUGCCGCCGGCAUGGGCUACUUUACCCGGCUCUGGGACUGCUUCCGCGUGCCCCGAAUCCGACGUGCCAACUACGGUGCCUCGACCGUCAUGCUUGCCCAGCAGAUGUGCGGCAUCAACAUCAUCUCCUUCUACAGCUCCACCAUCUUCACCGAGGCCGGCUACACGCCCGACCAGGCCCUCUUCGCCUCGCUCGGCUACGGCGCCGUCCAGGUCGUCUUCACCAUCCCGACCCUCUUCCUCAUCGACACCAAGGGCCGCCGCACCCUCACCCUCGCCACCUUCCCCUUCAUGUGCAUCUUCCUCCUCGCCGCCGGCCUGUCGCUGCUCAACAACAAAGAAGGCGUCAGCCAGGCCGCCAAGGUCGGCCCCGUCGUCCUCUUCGUCUACCUCUUCACCAUCAUGUACUCGCUCGGCGAGGGGCCCGUCGCCUUCCAGUACUCCGCCGAGGUCUUCCCCACCAUCCAGCGCGAGCAGGGCAUGGCCUGGGCCGUCUGCAUCAACAACACCUUUGCCGGCAUUCUCUCCCUCACCUUUCCGCGCAUGCGCACCGUCAUGACCCCCACCGGCGCCUUUGGCUUCUACGCCGGCCUCAACCUCAUUGCCUGGGGCAUGGUCUUUUGCUUUGUGCGCGAGACCAAACAGCUCACGCUCGAGGAGCUCGACGGCGUCUUUAGCGUGCCGACCAGGAACUUCCUCCACUACGAGACGACCGUUUGGCUGCCGUACUUUGUCAAGCGCCAUAUCUUGCGCAUGCGCAUCGAGAAGCCGCCUGCUAUUAUUGAGAAGCAGGAUACGGUUGAGCGGCGGUUGAGUGUGCAUUAGAGGAUUGGAGGACCACCGUGGGUUUUGGGGGGGGG